AUGACAACCACGGUCAAGAGCGUAUCAUUCUGGCAAGUCCUCUCUUACAUUGCCCUUCCCAGCAUCACCGGCCUCGCAUAUGGCUGGGAAGUCGGCUCAAUGGGCGGCACCCUCGGUAUGCCACAAUUCCUGCUGUAUAUGGGCACACCUUCCGACUUUCGGCAGGGCCUGAUGACUGCAAGCCUCAUCGCCGGCGAAUUUGUCGGGGCAUUGUUCGUUGGUCUGCUGUCGGAUCGAUUUGGCCGCCGCAAGACCAUCUGGCUUUGUAUUGCGGUCUACACCAUUGGUCAGAUCCUCCUGGUUGCGGCACAGAAUCAGGGCAUGUUCAUUGCUGGUCGAGUCAUCAAUGGACUUGGAGCCGGGCCGUGGUUCCAGACGGUAUCCUUCUACACCGCAGAGAUCACGCCACCGCACAUCCGUGGUCGAGUGGCGGCGACGCUCAACUCAGGUAUCGCUGUUGGCAUCCUUGUAACGUACUGGAUCCAAUACGGAGCGAUUCACAUCACCUCGAAUGCGGCCUGGCGUUUGAGCUUCGGUCUGCAACUGCUCCCGGGCAUCGUGGCCGCGAAACUCGUGUACUUUCGCCCCGAAUCCCCGCGUUGGCUCGUCCAACAUGGUAGAAGUGACGAGGCGCUCUCAGUGCUGGCAUCGCUUCACAGCAAAGGCGACAUCAAUGAUGCGUUUGUCCGAUCCGAACAUGUCGAGAUUCGCGCAUCCGUUGAGCUGGAAAGCACAGGGGAAGCGCCCUCAUAUCUCGCUCUUCUCACGAAGCCAACAUAUCGUCGCCGGACCGCCCUUGCAAUGGGCUUGCAAUGUAUGCAGCAGCUCAGCGGCGCGAACAUUGUCCUGUACUAUGCCGCUAAAGUAUUCGCACAGACGGGUCGAAGUGGUCCAACAGCAGCUCUCUUAGCCAACGCUAUUUCAUCGGCGCUCUUACUUGUCGGUACUGUGUCGUUGACGCUGCUGAUUGAUUUCUACGGGCGAAGAAAACCCAUAUUCACCGGCCAUUUCACCAUGGGUCUCUGUCUGAUGAUCGUCGCCAGUAUAUUGCUGUCUUACGGCAGCCCGCAUUUCGACCAAAUAACCCAGUCGGUACAAUUCAGCUUCAGCAACAAGUCCGCUGGUAACACAGCCGUAGCGUUCAUGUUCUUGUUCCAGUUCUCGUUUGGCGCCUUUUCAAGCUCCCUUCCCUGGACUUAUCAUUCGGAGGUGUUCCAGUUGCUGGCACGAGCACGCGGAACUUCUCUGGCCGUCGCAGCCAACUACUUCACAAACUUCUGGCUUGGUUUAUAUAUUCCUCAGGCCCUCAAUGCCGCUGGAUGGAAGCUCUACUAUAUUUUCGGCGCGAUCAACUGGACCUGUGCAGUCAUUGGAUGGCUGUUUUUCCCCGAAACGGCAGGAAGAGCCCUUGAAGAGCUUGAUCUCUUGUUCACUCCAGACCGCAGCGUUUGGGUCUGUUUCGACAAGGAAGCCAAGAGCAAGAAAGACCUGAUUGGAGAGGGAAUCCAGAGUGAUCCGGAAGCGCUGAGGCUGGAACUUCUGCACAGGCUGGGCCGGGAUGAUCCCAAUGAAGUCAUCGACCUCCACGAUGCGAAAUCGCCACAUACGUCUGAUUGUGUUGAGAGAGUAUAA